GACAAAUAGAUCCCUAUAGUCAUGAAUAUUUGAGCUUCUCUAUACCAACUAACAAUUGCAGAUCAUGGAGAAAUCGGACAUUUUCAAAGUCCAGGGAAGGGACAAGCGUGGGCGAAAGAUUCUCCGCGUCAUUGGAAAGUUGUUCUCUGCAAGGAAUUUGAGUGGCGAGGCUCUGAAGAAUUAUUUGGAGGAGAAGAUCUUCCCUCAGUUGGAAGACCGUCCAUUCUCGGUGGUUUACGUGCACACGAACGUGCAGAGGAGCGAGAAUUUCCCAAAAAUCUCAACCCUAAGAUCGAUAUACGAAGCUAUCCCGAUCAAUGUGAAGGAAAAUCUCGAGGCGAUUUACUUUGUUCAUCCGGAUUUCCAGUCCAGGCUUUUCUUCGCCACUUUCGGUCGUUUUCUCUUCAGCGGAGGGUUGUACGGGAAGCUAAAAUACAUGAGCAGGCUGGAGUUUCUGUGGAAGCACGUACGGAGGAAGGAAAUUGAGAUACCGGAAUUCGUGUACGAUCAUGAUGAGGAGCUGGAGUACCGUCCGAUGAUGAACUAUGGUUUGGAAAGUGAUCACCCUAGGGUGUACGGUGUGCCAACGGACUCUCCCGUUUCUCUGUACUCCAUGAGAUGUAUCUCCUAGGGGCUUUUAUUAGUUACUGAUAAGAGUUGGUGAGCUGUUGGUCUCUAGA